CGUGACUUUUAUUUUGAAAGGCCGUCCGUUUGUUGUGCGCAGAAGUUGCUUGUCUUCACAGCCGCUCUUUCACAACCCAUGUGCAGGAUGGGUUCCCAUGGAAAUCAAUGCACCUGUAGUGCCCACCGCUCAACAGCAAGCGUCUAUCAGACUCUAGAGGAGAUGGACUUUGAGAGAGGUGUAUGGUCAGCUGCAAUGGAUGGAGAUGUGGAGAGAGUCAGGGCAUUUAUCAAAAAAGGGAUUGAUCCUAAUAUGAGGGACCAGGCAAACUACACUGCUUUGCAUUAUGCUAGUCGAGCAGGUCAGCUGUCAGUGUGUGAGUUACUCCUGGACUGUGGCGCUUGUGUGAACGUCCAGACCCGUGGUGGGGCAACCCCGCUUCAUAGGGCGGCUUACUGCGGACACCACAGUGUGCUCAAGUUACUGUUAGACCGUGGGGCUGAUCCAUGUCUGACUGAUGAUGAUGGAUCUACAGCACUUCAUAAGGCUGCUGAACAGAAGCAUUUCGCGGUUUGUGAGCUGCUGGUGAACCGCUUCCCAGCCUUACGAGAUGUGAAGAAUAAAAGAUCGCACACAUCUUUCGAUCUCUGUCCGGAGAAUGAGUUUCUGAGUCCACAAUAACCUGAUCUUGUCUGUAAUGCCUUUGGCCUUCUCAUGAAAGAAUAUGAAGUACCUUUUCAAAAGCUACGCCUUGUAAAUCAGUGUGUCUUUUGGUUGGAAAGAGGCAUAGUUGCACAGGUUAUUGAUCAGUGCAGAUCAAUACAGAUGUCACUACAGGGCAAAAUGGCAAUCCAGUGCAAAGCAUGCUUCCUGUGGCUGUGGUUCUAUAAAUAUGCUUAGGAACAAUGUGUUGUACUUGUAAUUGACCAGUACAUUUUGCACUGCUGUAAUUGAUACACAUGGUAGCCGACACAUCUGGAAAGCUACAGCAGUUUCUCGAAACCAGCUCAAACUGCUUGGACUUCUCUGAUCUGAUUUAAAACCGUUUCAGAGACAGGUAAAACCUUACCUUCAUUUAUGAUGUAUGUUUUGUAUUGUAGCAGUCAUCUUCAAUCAAUCAAAUA